AUGGACUUCGACCAGUUACACGGGCAGAGCUCCCAGGAGCCUCGCCAGCGGCGCAAACGGGUCGCCAAAAGGCGCAUUCGAAACAGGAACCCGGUGAAUGCACGACUGGCGCUUGACGCGCAGCUGCGUGGUAAUGUCGGCCUCUUAUCGGAGGACUUGGCCAAAGAGCUCUUCCCGCAACAAUCGCUUCAAGAUGUUGCGACGCAUGACGGGAUCCAUUACAUUGCCGUUUCCCCGCAUUCCCCGAUCCUCCCCUCGGUGGAGGAUGCGGCUUGGACAAUUCUGCCUGUGCGGAUUCACAGCCCUGAACGCACGCAAGCGCCAAUCUCCCCAUCAACUGUCCUAUUUCCCGACUCGGCAGACACUCUCCAGCCCUUGCUUCAGACUCUUGCAAAGCUCGACGGGUCCCGCAAUGCUCUCCAGACUCAUCGGUCGGUGGAGAUCCGGCUGCUCGACGUGGCCCCGCUACAUCUUGAAACCGUUUAUGUGACUGUAGAGAGACAUCUGCUUCGCAAUCAUGACGAUGUACAGAGUCGGUUUGGUGGUGGUUUCCCAUCCAAUGGAGGCGGGACCAAUGGAGUGUGGUUGAAGAACGCCAAAACCCUUGACACGAGAAGAUCGGGGAAAACGACGACUAUCGAAUCCGAGCAACGACUGACUGCGGCUGUACGCGAGGCUUUGGCUGCGCAAAGACUCGUCCAUAUGGGCGAUGUGCUUCCUCUACCUCUGCCUCCACACCCAAUAACAUAUGCGCCUGCGCCACCAGCACGUGUGUCUUUCUGCGAGCCGGUAUCGCAAGGUCUCUUGGGCCCAGCUACAAAAGUAGUGCUUAUUCAAGCCCGCUCGCAGCAGAGAAGCCGGACACAGUCACAUGCUCUGCCUGCUCGAUCUGCGCUUCUGCGACAAGUGGCCGAAGACGAGGCCGACGAUACGUCCAACGAGCAAUUCUACUCCGCAGCCGAAGACAGAGCCGGAGAAAGUGGCGUCGAGACAGAAACAAUUUCUGCAGCCGAAGAGUCGGAGACUGAAGGCUCAGUCACUUCGACCAGUGACGACUCGGAUGAUUCCUUGGAAGACAUGAUUUCGCUUUCCGCACCAGAGCUACCUCAGCCUCCGUCAGGCGUCAUGUCCUCGAUGACUUCGGCAACACCUCGACCUGGUGGCCGCCGGAUGGAUGGUCUACAUACUCCGGGCUCGGUAGCAUCAAAUUUCACGUCCGCUACGAUGCGUCCUGGCCGUGGCGGCGGGAAGAUCUUCAAAGUCGAGGGUCUCUUGCAACAGGUGCCAAAUGAAGCCCUCCACCCGCGGCCACGUGAUGACGAGGACGUAGACUCUUUCAUUUUUGUCGAUAUUAGCACACUUGCCAAGAUUGGUUGCUUUUCCGGUGAUUGGGUCAGAAUCGAGGCUGCCGAGGAGCCGCAAAACAACAUGUUCGCGUCGCUCAAGUUUGGCAGUCUCAAUAAUCACAUGAGUGAAGAAGCCCCGGAUUGGCGACCUGUCAAGGUCUUUGGCCUGCCGGGGCUUCCAUCAGCCAAGCCACGCUACGCUAUCAACCACGCAGGCGACCGUCGCUCAAGCAUUUCACAAUUGGCCCCGACGCGCCUGACACCGUCAGUCUUUGUCCCUCCGAUGCUUCUAAGCAAUAUCGAAAACCCUAAAUACCUACGUAUUUCCCAACUUACCUUUGCGACUGCCACAAACGUCUCAAAACCUGGUCUCUUGCACCACAUGAAGAAUAGCUCUAUCAAGAAUCCACCUUUAGCAAAGGAAGUAACGCUACUCAAAAUUUCCACGCCUCUGUCGAUGGAUCGAGUACUACAACCGGCACUUUUUGCCGGGUUGAAACAGUACUUCGAGUCAAGGCGACGGAUCUUGAAGAGCGGCGAUCUUGUUGGCAUCAGUGUCGACGAAGGGUUGGGCCGAGCCAUCUUCUCCGGUACGGCGGGGAGCGAAAGUGCCGGCGGCGAAGACGACAUCACGGGUAAGCUGAGUCCCGAACGCAAAGCUGGAAGUUCGGAGCCACGCAAAGUUGGCGUCGCGUGGUUCCGCGUCGGCCAUGUUGCUCCCAUCAGCACAGAAGAUGUGGAUGAGAUGGGUGAGGAUACGUGGGGAGGAGUUGCGGUCAUCGACCCUGGCAGUACUCGGAUGGUACAGGCCGGCAGUGAUGUAAGUCGGGUCCCUGGCAAUAUGGGUAAUGGCUGGGAGUACUGGCUUGGCGUCAAGACAGUUCCCAAGAUCCCUGGGGAAGUAAUGGCCACUCACGGCAUCGUCACGGAUCUUCCGCAAGGAUUUACGGGACCUUUGCAGCCCCGUAUCCGAGACUUGAUGGCCGCUGCCACGAGCCCGCGGGCCAUUCAACUAGGCAUGAAGCCCGUUGUGAUUCUGUUGAAAUCCCAGCAGCGACAUAUUGGCAAGGCAACUGUAGCGACACGCGCCUGCGCAGAUAUUGGCCUCCACACAUUCCCUAUUGACGCCUAUGAUAUUCUCACCGAGGGUGGCGCAAAUGGUGGCGACGUGAAGACCGAGGCGUAUCUUAAAGCCCGCGCCGAACGCGCGUUCCACUGCGGCGCGAAUUGCACAGCGCUGCUGAUUAAACACAUUGAAGUGCUGACAGCUGAUCGUAUUGUGACCGCCAUGAACGAUAUUCUCAGCGAGGCUCGAGUCAUAAUCGCGACAACGACAGAUGUUGAGCAGAUUCCUGAAGGUAUUCGCAGUCUGUUCACUCACGAGUUUGAGAUGGGAGCUCCUGAGGAGAAGGAGCGCGAGGGAAUUUUGCGAAAUGUGGUCACGGAACGCGGUAUCAAGCUUGCCGCCGAUGUCGAUCUAGGAACUGUGGCGCUCAAGACUGCUGCCUUGGUAGCCGGAGAUCUUGUGGAUGUCGUUGAGCGGGCUGCAACUGCCCGUACCGCUCGCCUUGAGGCACUUGCCGAAGCUGCAACGAAGCAGCUUUUCGGCCAAGAGGUCUGUGUGCGAGACGUCCUUAUCGCUGGUGGUGAUAGUGCUCGAGGAGUCACAAAAGCAGACUUUGACUCUGCUGUUGAGGCGGCUCGCAAGAACUUCGCCGAUUCCAUCGGCGCACCCAAGAUCCCCAACGUCAGCUGGGAUGACGUUGGUGGACUGACGAAUGUCAAGGAUGCGCUCAUUGAAACUAUUCAGCUUCCCCUUGAACGUCCCGAGCUUUUCGCCAAGGGCAUGAAGAAGCGCAGUGGCAUCUUGUUCUACGGGCCUCCAGGAACCGGCAAAACCCUCUUAGCCAAGGCCAUUGCUACCGAGUUCUCUCUAAACUUCUUCUCAGUCAAGGGACCGGAAUUACUCAACAUGUACAUUGGUGAGUCCGAGGCAAAUGUUCGCAGAGUCUUCCAACGGGCGCGUGACGCCAGACCAUGCGUCGUCUUCUUUGACGAACUGGACUCUGUGGCGCCCAAGCGUGGCAACCAGGGAGAUAGCGGUGGUGUCAUGGACCGCAUAGUCAGUCAGUUGCUUGCCGAGCUGGAUGGUAUGAACGGCGGUGAGGAAAACAGCGGAGGUGUGUUCGUUAUUGGAGCCACCAAUCGUCCCGAUCUGCUAGAUUCAGCACUGCUACGCCCCGGGCGUUUCGACAAGAUGCUGUACCUGGGCGUUUCAGAUACACAUCGGAAGCAGGCGACUAUUCUGGAGGCCCUGACUCGGAAGUUUGCGCUUAAUCCCGAUGUCUCUCUGGAUCGUGUGGCAGAACGUCUUCCUCUGACAUACACUGGAGCUGAUCUGUAUGCUCUCUGCUCUGAUGCCAUGCUUAAGGCUAUCACGAGGAAAUCGACCGCCGUUGAUGAGAAGAUCCAACAGCUCCCCGGUGGGCCUGUCUCUACAGCGUACUUCUUUGAUCAUUUGGCCACACCCGAGGAUGUUUCAGUCACGGUAACGGAAGAGGACUUCCUUUCUGCACAGGGAGAGCUCGUCCCCAGUGUGAGCGCCAAGGAAUUAGAGCACUUUGAAAGAAUCCGUCAAACCUUCGAAUCCGUCGACAAAAAGCAAGAUAAGGCCAGCAACGGCUUGCAGACGAUAGCGGAGGCCAUGGAGGCGUUCAACCGCGACACAGCUGGCUCACCUUCCCCGUUGGGGUCCCCGACCAGCAAUGGCGACGGCUCCAUGGUGGGCAGUAUCCACGGCCGUAUCAAGGGUCUGAAACAAUGGCCCGGUGGCAUGGUUCGCAGCCCUAGCGGUCAUUCAAUCAGCAGCAGUAAGGGCAAGGGCAAAGCUGCUGCCGCUAGCAAGAAAGGCAAGAGCUCAGUAGUAAAUGGUGAUUCAGAUGCCUCGGUAGAAGGGGACGACGAAGAUGCGACUGAUGGCCCGCUGGAAGACGGCGAGGGAGAAGACGAUUAUAUCGUCCGUACCGAACAUCUUGCCAAGUCCAUGGAAGAGGUUGAGUAG